GAAGGUUACGAACUGUGCACCUAAUGUAUAUUGUAAACAAACAAUUGAACCCGUAAUAUCAACUUUUUGUAUAGUUUUCAAAGCCCAUGAGUUUAUAUUUUAAGCUUUCUUUAAUUUAGAAUCGAAAUGGGAGACCCUCCUGUUAAGAGAUACCGUCGAGUAGAACUUGAAAAGGAGGAAUCUUCGAGCAGCGACUCAGAGACAGAUUACAAACCGUACGUCCCGCUUAGAGAAAGGAAAAGAGAACAGUUCCUCAAGUUGGGUCGUUUGGCACAGUCGAAAGAUGAAGAUACAAAAGGGAAAUCAUCAAGCGAAAAUGAAAAGGAAGAUGAAGAUGGAAAAAUCUGGGGAAGAAAGUCCAACAUCAGUCUCUUGGACCAGCACACAGAGCUUAAAAAAAUGGCCGAAGCUAAGAAAGAAAGCGCGAUGGAAAGGCAGUUGAAAGAAGAGGAAAAAAUUCUUGAAAGUGUGGCGGAAAGAAAAGCUCUAAUGGGUGUAGCUGAACUUGCAAAAGGCAUUCAAUAUGAAGAAUCCUUAAAAACAAGCUGGACAGCACCAAGAUGUAUUAUUAAUCUAGGUGAAGUGGUUUAUGAGAAAGUGAGAAAGAAAUACAGAAUUUUAGUCGAAGGAGAUGACGUACCACCGCCUUGUUUAACUUUUGAGGAAAUGAAAUUACCCCGUCCUCUCAUAAGUGCGUUGCUUGCAAAAAAUAUCGACAAGCCAACACCUAUACAAAUCCAAGGAAUUCCGACAAUACUUUCAGGUAGAGAUAUGAUUGGCAUCGCUUUCACAGGAUCAGGAAAGACGCUUGUUUUUGUUCUUCCCAUCAUCAUGUUUUGCCUGGAGCAAGAGACCAAAAUGCCUUUUAUUAAAAAUGAAGGCCCAUACGGAUUGGUCAUCUGUCCUUCUAGAGAAUUGGCUAAACAGACCCAUGAUAUCAUUAAAUACUACACAGCGCAUCUUGUGAAACACGGAUUCCCACAGAUAAGAUGUGUUCUAGCUAUCGGUGGAAUACCGAUCGGAGAGUCACUUGAUGUCAUAUCGCACGGCGUUCAUAUUAUGGUAGCAACACCAGGAAGACUAAUGGAUAUGCUUGAUAAAAAAAUGGUUAAACUUGACAUAUGCAGGUAUCUUUGUAUGGACGAGGCAGAUCGAAUGAUUGAUAUGGGUUUCGAGGAAGAUGUGAGAACAAUUUUCUCAUUUUUCAAGGGACAAAGGCAAACGUUAUUGUUUUCUGCCACGAUGCCUAAGAAAAUCCAAAAUUUUGCCAGGUCUGCUCUUGUUAAACCAGUCACAAUUAAUGUAGGAAGAGCCGGCGCUGCAUCAAUAAAUGUCAUUCAGGAAGUUGAAUAUGUCAAACAAGAGGCUAAGAUAGUAUAUUUGUUAGAAUGCCUUCAAAAAACUACACCACCUGUGUUGAUAUUCGCCGAGAAAAAGCAAGACGUGGAUGCGAUACACGAAUAUCUUUUGCUCAAAGGCAUUGAAGCCGUGGCUAUACACGGUGGAAAAGAUCAAGAAGAAAGAACAAGAAGUGUAGAAGCGUUUAGAGGCGGAAAGAAAGACGUUUUAGUUGCUACAGAUGUGGCAUCAAAAGGGCUUGAUUUCCAAGAUAUACAACACGUUAUUAAUUACGACAUGCCUGAUGAUGUGGAAAAUUAUGUUCACAGAAUCGGUCGUACGGGAAGAUCAGGGAAGACAGGCCUGGCUACUACAUUCAUCAACAAAGCAAAUGACGAAAGCGUACUCCUCGAUUUGAAACAUCUACUCAUAGAGGCGAAACAGAAAGUACCACCGUUUCUUGCCGAACUGCAAUCCGAGAGUGAAAAAUACCUCGAUCUUGGCGAUGAAAGAGGAUGCAGUUAUUGUGGAGGUCUCGGGCACAGGAUUACAAAUUGUCCCAAACUGGAAGCAAUUCAAAGCAAGCAAGCAUCGAAUAUUGGAAGACGAGACUACCUUGCCAACAAUGCUGCUGAUUAUUAAAACUUCUAUAUUAAUUUAUUUUACAUCUGUGAUAUGUAUGUUUAUCAUUUUAUGUUUUUAAUUUUCAUUUUUGCUGUAAAAACCAAAAGCAAGGUUCUGAAGUAAUUUUGAAUAAUAAAGUUAAUUUCAA